AUGUCGCAGCUUCCUCCUCCAAAUUUUGGAAACUUUCCGCCAUCUUUCAACGCGAACGGUUUUCCACCGUGUCCAACGCUUGCCCAAGGAGCUGCUUUCUCAGUUUUUAGCAGACCACCGUUUCCUCCGCCAAGCUUUUCGCCAAGAUUACCUUUUAACUCGUUUCCUGGUCCUCCAUUUUGUCAGUUUAGGCCAUCAAUAUGGCCGAAUGGUAACUGUUUAUCCAACCACGUGGCUCAUCCAUCAUGCCAUCAGCACUCUCCGUCGCCUCUGCAGCGUCCACCACAUGCACAGGUUACCAAUUUCCAGGUAGUGUAUAGAGUAACAAAUGGGUAGCCUGCAUAGCUCGUGGUUUUCUUUCUUGCGUGCGCAAAUGAGCUGCAAAGUUGCGAGGUGUGCCCUCUUGUCAAACAAGUCGUCAACUACGCGGGCUAACAAAUGGUUGUCAGUUCAUGGUUAGCCUGUGUGAGUGAUGGAUAAUCACAGGAAAUUUUUCAAGUUAGGAUAUGAAAGAAGAGUAAAAGGCUGGUUCUCAUUUGCAAGAGAGUCUAAGUCAUUCAGUCAAACCUCCAUGUGCGACCACCUCUCGUAAGCUACCACUUCCCAUAAACAACCGCCAAUCCAAAACACCAAAAUUUUCCCAGUCAAAACCUCACAGUUGGAACCUCUAGUAAAUGAACACCUCCUGUAAGCAACCGUGACCACUUUUUGGGCCUGACGGUUGAUGAUUUCCAUGGUUUUUAACCUCUUGUAAGCGACCACUUGAUGCAUUAUCUGAUCUCUAUAUUCGCUGUGUGCACUAUGCUACUUAGAGUAUACGUAGAACUUUAGUGACAACAUGGAAUUACACAUGUCAUAACUUAGACAUUGCAUGCAAUAAAUUAUCUUCCAUAAUUUUAAGUAGAUGUGCUGGACCUCUUCUUGGAAAAGGCUCCCUGUGCUUCGAUUCUUGUAAAAGACCACCUCCCGUAAGCGACCACUCAGUCUUUGCAUUUUGGGUGGUUGCUUACGGGAGGUUCGACUGUAGUUGUAAGUGCACUUAUGAUCUAGUGAAAAUCAAAAACUGGAGUUAUAAUGUGUACUCUGGAAUCAAAGUCAGGAGACCAGAAGGUUUCCAUAUUAUUGUGACUCUGCUUAUGGCUCUGUCAUUUAUGAUCCAGUGGCACUUGAAGCAGAUUAAGCAGCAGGAUAAGUUCAAUCACAAUGUUCAUUCCUUUGCUUUCUGAUCGGUUAAGUUCUUCAGCCUCUGCUUGUAACUUUCACUAGAUUGUAAGUGACGAAGUGGUAAGCGGAAGCAGAAUGCUGUUUCCACUGGAUCAUUAUGCACUAUGCUUCUGAUUAUGAUCCUGACUUCAACUCCAACACAAGGAGAAAUUACCAGCGUAGAGAGCUGCUUGAAGCAUCUCUGGCUUCCAUGGUACUAAGCAAACCCACCCCCCACAAUCUGGUCCAUGUUUUGUUGGUAAAAUCCAUUCUCAGGUUCAACACAUCAAACCUACAAUACUCGUCACAAAUCUUUGAAACAAGAGCCAUUUGUCUUGAAUUUUCUCCAAAUUUCAUACAUUCACUCUUUACACCUUUGUUCUCACUCAAAUGUGCCCCUCUUCUUCCCCAAUGUUGAGCCAAGCGUAAUUUGGAGCACUGAAAUGACUGCAAACCCAAAUCAACAUUGGGGAGGGAAAAAUCACACAAUUGUUUCGAGAUUUGUGAUGAGUACUGUAGUACUGUGAUUUCCCUUGUUUCCCACCAACAAUAUUUUUAUUAUUCAUUAGAGACAAUGGAAAUUCUAGGUUACCUCUAAAACAGAACUCACCUACAAAACAUGUACGACCACUGGGCCUUUCUUUUAAUAUCUGUGCCCUUGUUGUUGAAGGUUAAUAUAUGACUUUACACCCCAAGGAGAAAAAAGGUCAAAGCACUGACACAUUUUUAUUUUCUUUUAGGGAAAAACAAGUAGAGCCCAUGAAACUGGUCAGAACGCUGUAGAAACCGAGUUCAGCUGUGACGCUUGUCAAAAGCAGUUCACCAGCAAAGAGACAUUAAAUGCACAUUUAGGAACACACAUUCAGGUAUUGUUAAAGCAGCAGUAUUACCCCUGAGAGAUUUAGAGUUCCAUUUGCAGCAUAUGACAAAUAUCAAUUUGUACGAUAUGACCAAGUUUUCCAUUUACACAUCGGUUACUGUUCACUGUGACCACACAGAAAUUGGUAGAUUCACGUCAAGCUGGUUGACUUCAAAAUGUUAACAAACUGAUUUUGCCUUUUGCAGUGUAAUCAUGAAGAUUGUACAUUCAGGGCAACAAGGAAAAUGCUCAAACUACACUGGAUACAGGUUUUGUACAAAAACUAAAUAUUAGCUAGAGUAGUGAUAGUCUGCUACACAGCCGUUUUUAGUGUCGUCACGCAACGCUCCUCCCCACUAACAGCUGCUGAAAACCGAACUACAUUCCUUUUCCGUGAUUAGCCAAUUAUAAUUCAGCUCCCAUUUUCUGGAAAGUGUUCGCGCCACCUUUGCGGUACUGUGACUCCUCCAAUCACAGCUUUGCUUUUAUCGUUGCCCCAUGUGUGAAUGACAGAAUAAUCAAAAUCUUUGCGUGAAAACAAGCAAUUAACUGCAGUGUUGUCGUAGUCGAGUCCUAUUCAAAAUUUAGGAGAUAAGCAGCAACAGCAAGAAAGUCGAACAAAUUGCUAUUCAUAACAUGUGCUCAUAAAGUUGCCAGGUAUAGUUUCGGGAAAUCGCUCAUCGAUAAUUUAUAAGAUUGCUUUUUGACUCAGUACCCUUGAGAGUUUAGUCUUCACAGAACACAAUGAGCACAUCCGGUACAUUAAAUUCUUCACUACAUAUCAGCACAUAUGCACGUUAAAUGAAGAACCAAGCGACCCUGGUAAAAGUUUUCUAGGCCUAUCAAACCUUCUUUUCACUUGGAACUUUCUUGACCGCUUAAAACAAACUUUUUUGCAAAUUAACCUUUUCGUUGCUUGAAAACACAGAGUCCGUCUAAAUUCAGCGGCGAUUGAUUGAUUUGUCGAAAACUGAGAAGCGUGCUCGCUGCCUAGCGCCCUGCGGCUCACGUAUUGUCAAAUUUCUUGUACAUGAUUGGUUUGUUCGUUAGACCACAAACACAAAAGGAAAGGAAUGUAGUUCGGUUUUCAGCAGCCGUUAGUAGGGAGGAGCGUUGCGUGACGACACUAAAAACGGCUGUGUAGCAGACUAGAGUAGUGAUAAAGUUUAUAUAAUGAUCAGCCUGGUAUAUUGUUACAAUUAAUGAUUGUUAAAUUCUCUGUUUCUAGGUACACGCACCAGGAAAAAUGAGGAUAAAACUGGAUACACCAGAAGAAAUAGCUAAGUGGAGGGAAGAGAGAAAGAGGUUUGAGCAAAGAUUAAAUAUGUAUUUUUUGAGGGGGUGGGAGAGGAGUUCAAAUUUUCCCAGCCUACUAUGUAUAAAUUUCCUAAACAAAAUUUACUGCUUUUACUGGGCACAGACCUCACCAAUGGGGAGGACACAAGUGAAACCGAUAGGCCCUGUGUGUAAGAUGCCCUCCUGACCAACCCCACCCUAACCUACAUUUGCAACGAUACUUUCCGUCUUUACUGGGCACGGACCUCCCCAAUGGGGAAAGCCCAAAAAUGUGACUCAUAGGUCCCAUGUAGGGUACCCUUCCCUCCCCACCCUAAGCUGCAUUGCUUAACAAUAUUUACAUGUACGACAUUUUUACUGGGUUAAGACCGGCCCAAUGAGAAGGACACAAAUGCAACUUUUAGGCCCAAUGUAAGAUGCCAAUAGUCCGUAAGGUUGGUUGGUCAUUGCCAGAGAUUAUUUUGUCCUUUGUGGCUUGUUAACAUCUCACACAAGAUUCAGAUUGGGAAAAGUGUUGUGAGACAGGGCCUAUGGUUUUAUGUCCUUAUCUGAGAGGCAAAGGGACCCUGAUUGCUAGUUUCCCUGGCUACAGAUCUAAGAAGUGUUCAUCGUACAGUCCCUCCCACUAUAAUACAGGCACAGUGAGAAAGGUGGGGGGGGGGGGGGAAAACCGGUUUCUUUUUUGUUGGUUUUAAGAAAUUAUUACAAAGUGAACCCAGACCUCUUUCUUUUUUUUCCUGUUGGAAGUUCCCCUCCUUUGGUUAUGGAGGAGAAAAAGAGGGAGAAAAAAGAAAAGAGAAGGGAUUAAGGCAGGGUAUUGUUACACUCACAACAAAGUUUGGGUGGGGAAAGGUGGUGGGGAGCGGGGGCUGUUUUUUUUUGUCCUUAUAUGAGGCGAAAAGGGCCCCUUUUUGCUAUUUUCCCCGGCAAAAGAUCUAAAAAGGGUUCAUUGCACCCGCCCCCCCAAAAAAAAACGGGCGCGGGGGGAAGGGGGGGGGGGGGGGGGGUAACACUGUUUCUCUAUUGUCUGUAUUAAGGAAGUAUUAACAAGUGAAUCCAGGACCUCUUCCUUUUUUUCCUGCUAGGAAGUACCCUACUUUAGCUAAUGUAGAGAAAAAGAAGGAAGAAGAAGCAAAGAGAAGAGCAUCAGGGCAGGUUUUGAAGACCAAAAAUUUUAGGUACAAUAAUUUGUAAUUAAACUCAUCACAAAUAGAUGAGCUUGGGAACUGGUUCUUAAAAGGUUAGCGGGGUGCCAGAUGCCAAGCUGCAGGGGAGGUAUCCAUGGCAACCCUGGAACACGGGAACCACCCAAAAGAGCGCCCGCUAACCAGCACCGUCACACUGAAACAAUCAGUGGAAAUAACUCACCUGAAAAUACUUACCCUGAUGACCCAAGAAUCCGCAAUGAUUUGCAAUAGCAAAGCGUUUGAUCCGCAAAGAUCAGCUGAUAACACUGCACGUGUAAAGCAAUGAACUUUGAAACCCCUGUGAAACCUCUAGAGGCCACCCGAAAGGUCAGGUACUGCAGAUAAGGGAGACCACUGACUGCAUUUGCUCACAUUUUAACUUUGCCUAAAUGAUAUUUAGCCACAUUAAAAUAUUAGUGUUCAUUUUGUGAACUUCCCUAUCAUGUGACUGACAGUCUGCAGUCAGAAAGAAUCGGAAAUAUGCCUUCCCUAGUAGAAGAGAUUAGCACAGUUGUUUAGUGCUUGGCCUUCUGUGUGAGUUUUCAAUGUCCCGAGUUCGAUUCCCAAGUACGACCUCAAAUACUCCUUAAUUUUUGGAGUUCUUUCCUUUCUGUGUGGCUGUAAGUAGCUUUAUUAUAUACCUGAAAAACAAAGAAUUGAUCAGUAGCGGAUCCAGGGGGCCUGGGGGGGCCUACCCCCCCCCCUUAAUUUUAGACCAAAAUGAGUCCCGAAGGGCCGAAGGUUUAUUAGAAAUAGACAUAAAAUGGAUUCUUUACAUUCGUUACCCCCUUUGAUACCAGUGUUAAGAGGAUAUCCUACGCUGUUUCAAUCUUGUACAGAUGUAUCAUCAACAUAAAUUUGUCUGAGCAGGAUAUUAGUCAUUACUUUUUUUCAUUUAACUUUCAAGAUAUCGUAGAGGUCGACAACGUGGACAAAGAUCACCCCAGCAAGGUGGUCGCAUUCAUUUGAACAAUCAAGGCCACCAUGGAGGGGGACAGGGGGAAUUUAAUGGCAAAGAAAUGUCUAAAAACCAGACACAAAACAGUGAAGUAGCAGAGGGCAAAGAUAGUGGAGGACACAAUAGGUUACAAAAUGGCAGUGAUCCACUCUCAUUUGUACUUGGCAAUUCACAUGAUGAGGAAGAAUCCGGUAAGUCCCAUGUAGAAUGGAAUAAGUUUUUCAACAUGCAUGUUUAGUUCUUCAACAAGACACAUUAAUUUUUUGUUAAAUUUGUUGUGUUUGUUUUUAAGUUUGGUCCAUUUAGUGUCCUCAAUUAGCAAGACUUUUAACAAUAAAUUCAUUCUUUGGAGUUGUCCAAUCUAUUUGUCAUUUAACGUUUUAUGUUUUAGUAUCAAACUUUAUCAUCUGCCACUGUAUGGAAAGGCAUCCCGCAAUCUUUUAAACAGAUACUAGUACUUGAUGGAUGGAUAUAAAAACUGUUCAGUCAGAUGUCACAACUGUUCAAAAUGUUUUAUGAAACCAAGUUGAACAGAUUAUGAAAGCGGUUUUUUUUUUGUUUAAGAUUUAGAAACAGGAAAUCAAGGCAAAAGAAAAUGUUCCAGUACUAUGCUGGAAACGACACCUAAUACAGCACCUGUGCAAGUUUCAGCUCUGAAUUCUUUGUGCUCAGCAUAUGCUAGUGAUUCUGAUGAUAAUGAAGAAAUGUCAGGUACAAAUAAUCACAAAUUAUAAUUAGCUUGUGCUGUUUCAACCAGAUAAGGUUGUUGUUUAGCUGAUGAUGGUGAUGAUGAUGAUGAUGAUGAUGAUGAUGAUGAUGAUGGUGAUGAUGAUGAUGAUGAUAGUGUAUUAAUACUUUCUGGUUCUCACUUUUCUAACAACAGAAAUAAACAACAAUAAGGAAACCAUCUGCACCAACUAUGAAAACAUUCCCAAGAAAUCUUGUUCAAAUGAAGUGAAUUCAAGACACAACAUAGAUAGUACAAAUGAAACCAGAGGGGAUACUAACAGCAAGAAAAACAGUAAAUCGCGAAGAGGUCAUAGGGGAAAAAGGAAAACAAGCUCUAAGGUGAGAUCAUGCCUUUCAAACAUCACUGAGCUGAAUUUUGACCAACUGAACAUGACUCCUUCUUGAUUUAAGUAACGUAUCAAAUGUGAGAAAAAGUUUUUAAUCCAGUAUCCUGAUAAUAUAGGCUUGAAGAACUUAAACACUGUCAAGUUUAUUUAAAACCGACUGUUAGGUGUGUAGAAAUGGGAUGAAACACUGGGUGAAGGAAAAUAUAGCCUGUUCCAAGGGUUCAGAUAGUGGAGAGUGGUGUGAAGUAAAGAACGUGAUGCUCCCCACUAUCUGAAUGCCUGGAACAGGCUAAGGAAAAUGUAGCUUUUUAAAUGGUAAAUAAUUCUUUAGGAAAUUCAAAGCUUAAGUUUGCAAAAUUGCUAAAAACCUUCUUAGUGACAGCGAUUUACUUUGCUAUAUUUUCAUUAAUUUUUAAUGGGUUAGAGAACUUUAUUUUAAAAUAGGUAGGAAGGAAAGCCAGAGUCAUGAGUCAAUGUAAUGUUCUUGUUUUAAAAGAUACAUGCAGAAACAAAAAAAAAUACUAUAUUUAUAUAUAUUUUUAUUGGUUGGUUGUUUGUUUUUGCUUUUCAUAUUUAGGUUGACCCCAAAUCAUUGAGUAUAAGGAAAUCAACUCUUCUAGAAAAGCUUUUGGCCCCAGAAAUCCGCCAUGAGAGGAAUGUCAUUCUACAGUGCUUGCGGCACAUUGUCAAAAAGGACUUCUUUGGUGCCGGAGACACCAUGUCAGCAACUGAUUAG